AUGGACGAGGCCGAGGCCGCGGCGGGGGACGCGGCCCCGGCGGCCGCUGAGGCCUCCCCGGGGGACGGGCGGGGGAGGCCCGGGGCUAAGCGGGUGACGUUCCCGUCGGACGAGGAUAUCGUGUCCGGGGCUGUGGAGCCUAAGGAUCCUUGGAGACACGGAGAAAAGCUGGAUUACCGCUCCUGCGAGGCCAUGGAGGAAAUCUUCAAACGGCUCCAGUUCAAACUGGUGGAUCUGGAACAAACCAGUCUGGACGAGGACGGAGCGUCGGCGCUCUUCGACAUGAUCGAGUACUACGAGUCGGCCACGCACCUCAACAUCAGCUCCAACAAACACCUGGGGGCCCGGGGCUGGCAGGCAGCUGCUCACAUGAUGAGGAAGACCAGCUGCCUGCAGUACCUGGAUGCCCGCAGCACUCCCCUCCUGGAUCACUCGGCGCCGUUCGUGGCGCGGGCGCUCCGGAUCAGCAGCAGCCUCGUGGUUCUGCACCUGGAGAACACUUCCCUGUCCGGGAGACCCCUCAUGCUGCUCGCCACGGCCCUGAAGAUGAACGUGACCCUACGGGAGCUGUACCUGGCCGAUAACAAACUCAACGGGCUGCAGGACUCGGCCCAGCUCGGGAACCUGCUCAAGUUCAACGGGAACCUGCAGAUCCUGGACCUGCGCAACAACCACAUCCUGGAUUCCGGCCUGGCCUACAUCUGCGAGGGGCUGCGGGAGCAGCGCCGGGGUUUGGUGACGCUGGUGCUGUGGAACAACCAGCUGAGCCACGCCGGGAUGGCCUACCUGGGCAUGACCCUGCCCCACACGCAGAGCCUGGAGACGCUGAACCUGGGCCACAACGCGGUGGGGAACGAGGGCGUGCGGAACCUGAAGAACGGAUUGAUCGGGAACCGCUCCGUGCUGCGCCUGGGGCUGGCCUGCACCAAACUCACCUGCGAGGGGGCCGUGGCCGUGGCCGAGUUCGUGGCCGAGUCCCCGCGGCUGCUGCGCCUGGACCUGCGCGAGAACGACAUCAAGACCGGGGGGCUGAUGGCUCUGUCCCUGGCCCUGAGGGUCAACCACUCCCUGCUGCGCCUCGACCUCGACCGCGAGCCCAAGAAGGAGGCGGUUAAAAGUUUCCUGGAGACUCAGAAGGCGCUGCUGGCCGAAAUCCAGAACGGAUGCAAAAGGAAUUUUAUCCUGGCCAAGGAAAAGGAGGAAAAGGAGCAGCAGCUCCAGCACUCGGCUUCCAUGGCGGAAAUUUCCGGGAAUGAUCCCGAGGAAGAUCCCGAAGAAGAUCCCGGAAUUCCCGGCGGCGCUUCCUCCACCCCCGAGGAAAACGGGAACGCGGCUCCGGUUGGAGAUUCCAGCUCGGAUACGGAGGAGGAGGAGGAUGGGAAGGAGUCGAGGGAGGUUGCGGAAUCCGGGAAUUCUGGGAAUUCUGGGAACGCCGAGCGUAGGAUUUCCGUCUCCAGCCCCGGUAGAGGCCGCAAGAUCUUCGUGGUGACGCGCGUGGAAAACGUUCCCGAGGGAUCCGGGGUCGUUCCCGAGGGAUCCGGGGCCGUUCCCGAGGGAUCCGGGGUCGUUCCCGAGGGAUCCGGGGCCGUUCCCGAGGGAUCCGGGGUCGUUCCCGAGGGAUCCGGGGCCGUUCUCGAGGGAUCCGGGGUCGUUCCCGAGGGAUCCGGGGUCGUUCCCGAGGGAUCUGGGGUCGUUCCCGAGGGAUCCGGGGUCGUUCUCGAGGGAUCCGGGGUCGUUCCCGAGGGAUCCGGGAUCGUUCCUGAGGGAUCUGGGGUCGUUCCUGAGGGAUCUGGGGUCGUUCCCGAGGGAUCCGGGGUCGUUCCCGAGGGAUCUGGGGUCGUUCCUGAGGGAUCCGGGGUCGUUCUCGAGGGAUCUGGGGUCGUUCCCGAGGGAUCUGGGGUCGUUCCCGAGGGAUCUGGGGUCGUUCCCGAGGGAUCCGGGGUCGUUCCCGAGGGAUCUGGGGUCGUUCCUGAGGGAUCCGGGGUCGUUCUCGAGGGAUCUGGGGUCGUUCCCGAGGGAUCCGGGGUCGUUCCCGAGGGAUCUGGGGUCCUUCCCGAGGGAUCCGGGGUCAUUCCUGAGGGAUCUGGGGUCAUUCCCGAGGGAUCUGGGGUCAUUCCCGAGGGAUCCGGGGUCGUUCCCGAGAGAUCUGAGACUGUUCCUGAAGGAUCCGGGAUCAUUCCCGACGGAUCCGGCGUCGUUCCCGACGGAUCUGGGACAAUUCCUGAUGAAUCCAGAGUCGUUCCUGACAGAUCCGGAGCCGUUCCCGAGGGAUCUGGGACAACUCCUGGUGGAUCCGGAGCCGUUCCCGAGGGAUCCGGGAUUGUUCCCGGCGGAUCCAAGGUUGUUCCUGAUGGAUCUGGGAUUGUUCCCGGCGGACUUGGAGCCGUUUCCGACGGAUCCGGAACCGUUCCCGAGGGAUCUGGGAUUGUUCCCAGUGGAUUUGGGAUUGUUCCUCAUGGAUUUGGGAUUGCCCCCCAUGGAUUUGGAGCCAUUUCUGACGGAUCCGGCGCCGUUCCCGAGGGAUCUGGGAUCGUUCCCCGUGGAUUUGGGAUUGCUCCUCAUGGAUUUGAAGCCCUUCCCGAACUGGCGCCGUCCCGAUCCGGCGGAUCCGAGGGAAUUCCCUGCGGGAGCCCUUCCCGGGAUUCUCCCCUUCCCAACGGGCUCAAGGCGGAUUUCGCUCGGGCGCUGCCGGAGCCGGGCCCGGAGGGCGACGGAAAAUCGGGAACGUGCGCGGCCGAGCACGGCGUCCCCAAAGUGGUGGCGUGUCUGUCCGCGUUCCUGCUGUGGGAACCCGAGCGCGUUCCCCCGCGGCUCCGCGCCGUCACCGCCGACCAUCGGCGGAUGGAGAAAAUCCUGCGGGAAUCGGGGCUGAGCUGCGUCUUCGUCAUGCCCCCGCACAUCGCCGCGGAGCGGCCGCUCACCGGGGACUACGAGGUGACCGUGGGGGCGCCCGGCGCUCCGGGGUCCUCGCGGGAGAUCUCGGCGCCCGACCUGGGGCACUUCCUGCUGCGCUGCCUGCGCUGCCGCGACUUCGACGGCAAGAGCGUCUACGUCAGCCGGCACUACCCCAAGGAGUAGGGAUCCGCCGGGAUCCGCCGGGAUCCGCCGGGUGCCACUGGGUGCCACUGGGAUCCACUGGGAUUCACUGGGUGCCACUGGGUGCCACUGGGUGCCACUGGGAUCCAUAGGGAUUCACUGGGAUCCACUGGGAUUCACUGGGUGCCACUGGGGUCCACUGGGAUUCACUGGGAUCCACUGGGAUCCACUGGGAUUCACUGGGAUUCACUGGGUUCCACUGGGAUUCACUGGGAUUCACUGGGUGCCACUGGGGUCCACUGGGUGCCACUGGGAUUCACUGGGAUCCAUAGGGAUUCACUGGGAUCCACUGGGAUUCACUGAGUGCCACUGGGUUCCACUGGGAUUCACUGGGAUCCAUAGAGAUUCACUCGGAUCCACUGGGAUUCACUGGGUUCCACUGGGAUUCACUGGGUGCCACUGGGUUCCACUGGGUGCCACUGGGAUUCACUGGGAUCCACUGGGAUUCACUGGGAUCCACUGGGAUUCACUGGGUGCCACUGGGGUCCACUGGGUGCCACUGGGAUUCACUGGGAUCCACUGGGAUUCACUGGGUGCCACUGGGGUCCACUGGGUGCCACUGGGAUUCACUGGGAUCCAUAGGGAUUCACUGGGAUCCAUAGAGAUUCACUCGGAUCCACUGGGAUUCACUGGGUUCCACUGCAAUCCACUGGGAUUCACUGGGUUCCACUGGGAUUCACUGGGUGCCACUGGGUUCCACUGGGAUUCACUGGGAUCCACUGGGAUUCACUGGGUGCCACUGGGAUUCACUGGGUGCCACUGGGAUUCACUGGGAUCCAUAGAGAUUCACUCGGAUCCACUGGGAUUCACUGGGUUCCACUGCAAUCCACUGGGAUCCACUGGGUUCCACUGGGAUUCACUGGGUGCCACUGGGUGCCACUGGGUUCCACUGGGAUUCACUGGGUGCCACUGGGUGCCAGUGGGAUCCACUGGGAUUCACUGGGUGCCACUGGGUGCCACUGGGUUCCACUGGGAUUCACUGGGAUCCACUGGGAUUCACUGGGAUUCAUAGGGAUUCACUGGGAUUCACUGGGUUCCACUGCAAUCCACUGGGAUCCACUGGGAUCCAUAGGGAUUCACUGGGAUCCACUGGGAUUCACUGGGUUCCACUGGGAUUCACUGGGAUUCACUGGGUGCCACUGGGGUCCACUGGGUGCCACUGGGAUUCACUGGGAUCCAUAGGGAUUCACUGGGAUCCACUGGGAUUCACUGGGUGCCACUGGGUUCCACUGGGUGCCACUGGGAUUCACUGGGAUCCACUGGGAUUCACUGGGUGCCACUGGGGUCCACUGGGUGCCACUGGGAUUCACUGGGAUCCAUAGAGAUUCACUCGGAUCCACUGGGAUUCACUGGGUUCCACUGGGAUUCACUGGGUGCCACUGGGUUCCACUGGGAUUCACUGGGAUCCACUGGGAUUCACUGGGUGCCACUGGGAUUCACUGGGAUCCAUAGAGAUUCACUGGGAUCCACUGGGAUUCACUGGGUUCCACUGCAAUCCACUGGGAUCCACUGGGUUCCACUGGGAUUCACUGGGUGCCACUGGGUUCCACUGGGAUUCACUGGGUGCCACUGGGUUCCACUGGGAUUCACUGGGUUCCACUGGGUGCCACCGGGAUUCACUGGGAUCCAUAGGGAUUCACUGGGAUCCACUGGGAUUCACUGGGAUUCACAGGGUGCCACUGGGUGCCACUGGGAUUCACUGGGUGCCACUGGGUUCCACUGGGUGCCACCGGGAUUCACUGGGAUUCACUGGGUUCCACUGCAAUCCACUGGGAUCCACUGGGAUCCAUAGGGAUUCACUGGGUUCCACUGGGAUUCACUGGGAUCCAAUAGGACCCACUGGGAUUCACUGGGAUUCACUGGGAUCCAAUGCGUGCCACUGGGAUUCACAGGGUGCCACUGGGAUCCACUGGGUUCCACUGGGAUCCACUGGGGUUCACUGGGUUCUGCUGGGUUCCAAUGGGAUCCACAGGGAUUCUCUGGGUGCCACUGGGAUUCACUGGGAUUCACUGGUGCCUCUGGGAUUCACUGGGAUCCAAUAGGACCCACUGGGAUUCACUGGGUGCCACUGGGAUUCACUGGGUUCCACUGGGUGCCACUGGGAUUCACAGGGUGCCACUGGGACCCACUGGGAUUCACUGGGAUCCAGUAGGACCUGCUGGGACCCACUGGGACUCACUGGGUUCCACUGGGAUCCACUGAGAUCCACCAGGUUCUGGUGGGUUCUGGUGGGAUCCGGUGCCGGGGUGUGCUGGGAUUUGGUGCCGGGAUUGGUCGUGGGGGGUUUGGGGAUUCCUUGGGAUUCGAUGAUCGCCGGGAUUUGCGGGAUCCAGUUCUGGAAUGACCCCAGGGAUCUGGGGAUCCACCCUUAGGAUGAUCCCAGGGAUUCCUUGGGAUUCGUGUCCUGGGAUGAUCCCAGGAUUUUUGGGGAAUCCAGUUCUGGGAUCAUCCCAGGGAUUUGGGGGAUCAACCCCUGGAUCAUCCCAGGGAUUUGGGGACCUCUUGGGAUUCACAGGCUGGGAUUAGUCCAAGGAUUUUGGGAUCCACCCCUGGGAUGAUCCCAGGAAUUUUGGGGAUCCUUUGGGAUUCAUGUCCCGGGAUGAUCCCAAGGAUUUAAGGGAUCCACCCCCAGUUUAUUCCCAGGAUUUGGGGAUCCCGAGGGAUCCACCCCAAGGAUGAUCCCAAGAAUUGGGGUCCCCCCUCCCCCCAUUCCCAAGGAGAUUAAAUCCAUGUUUGUCCCGGC